ACGUAGACAGAGCCACGUGAACGUGAACUGACGUCACUCCUGCGGCAGAUAGCGUCUUUGCUAGCGUGUCUUUUUCAAACGUCGCUGCUUCUUUCUUUGUAUUUGGAAUAACAGAGAACACGUGACACAGGGGAAAUAACAUGGCGUUCGCAAACCUGUUCACGGGAUUGUUUUCGGCCAACACAGACACGAAGAGCCAAGCAGCCAUUUCACACAGCAACGAGGUUAAUGAUGGUGAAAGAGGGAGCAACAGAAAGAGGAAGAGAAAGAAGGGUCAGAGAGAAGAUGACAACACAAGACAAUGUUCUCAAGCACAGACGUGGCGACCGUACAAUACCAGAAACUGUCAAGCUGGAAGUACUGACCUCACCAAGGAAGUGACCCGUAACAACACGAGCCACAAAGAUCAGAACAAGCAGCAGGAAAAUGACCACGAGAGCCAGAAUAAUCUGCAUCAACAGAAUCAAAGAGGAAGAGGAGGCAGAGGAGGAAGACGGGGUAGAGGAGGAAGAGGGGAAAGAGGAGGAAGAGGAGGCAGAGGGGAAAGAGCAGGCAGAGGAGGAGGAGGAGGCCGAGGAGGAGGAGGAAGAGGGGAAAGAGGAGGCCGAGGAUAUGGUACACAGAGACCUGACAGACACGAUGUCCAGGUAAAAUCAGUGAGAUUCAUGACUGAAGAGUUCAAAGAGCAGAAUGCUUUGCUGGUGGAUGGACAGCUUCUUUGUCGACACUUCAUUUGGGGACGAUGCAUCAAGGGUGACGACGAGUGCCAGCUGAAGCACAUUCAGGGUUACAACGGUCUCAUCAAAGAAGUCUGCAAAUUUUACAUCCAAGGAUUCUGCACGAAAGGGGAGAGUUGCCCGUACAUGCACCAGUCCUUUCCCUGCAAGUUCUUCCAUAAAAAAGGAAAGUGUCUUCAGGGAGCGCAGUGCAAGUUUUCCCACGAGCCACUGAAUGACACCACUAAAAGACUGUUAGAUGAGACACUGAAACGAGACAGUGAACUUUAUGAACUUGCAAAAAAAGCCGAGCAGGAGUUGUCGGAGCAACCGGAAAAGACGACUGAAAUUCCUGAAAUCACCAAGGAAAAGACAACAUCUGAUGCACUAAUGCACCCACUCAAGCCAAACUUUUACAACAGUGCAGAAACAAACACUGAGGCAGAUGUUGCAGCUCAGGCAUCAGACAGUUCUCAGCCUCAGAGCCACACAUGUGCUCACCUGAAUCCUGUGGAGCCAGUGUGUUAUUCAGUGGAAGCAGUGCUCGGACCUCAGCUGUUAAAACCGUUCCCGAGUCUCUUUACAUCUCUCUCUGCUCCAGAGAAUUCCUCUGAUUGUGUUCCCUACUCUGUUGAAGCUGUCUUGUCUUGUCAGUCAGCAGCAAGUUCUAUACCCGCGUCUUCUCCUGCACAAAGUGUGUUAUAUACUCCACUCAGAGCUGAUCCUCUGAUGCUCUCGUAUUCUCACAGUUCCAAAGGAAAAGCAUCUCAAUCCCAAGAAAACCUGUUUAAAAUUCCAGAGACUGAGCUCCCUGUGGACAAUGAAGAUCAUAAAAAACAUGUUGGGGAAAAGGUGGCGUCCAUGAAACCUGCUCAGAGAUGGUCUGAUGAAGUCAAGUUGGAGAUGCUGGAGUCUGAGUCUUGCACAAGAAAAAGACGUGUUCAGGGAAGCUCUUCACUCCCAGUCAAAGAAGAAGCAGAGUUAUUUUGUCCUGCUCGUCCCUCACAGCUGACGCCACGUGUCUCUGGUCAGACGUCUGACUCUCAGUCCUCACCGAAGCCUCACUGUCCCUCCUCAGGGUUUUCACAGUUUAAAUGCAAAGCUGCUCGUCCCAUUCAACCUGUCUCCAGCUACAAGGAGACGAGUGAUUCUGAAACUCAGCCACAACUCAAAAUACCCCGAUACAGCGUCAGACCUGGCAACCAACGACAGGAUUCUACUGGUGUCCUGUCAACUGCCUGUAAUCAGACACAGAAAAGACCAUUUUAUAGCCUUUUUGCAAACCCCAUCAAUGGCGGUCUGAAGCCAACUCCUCCGUCUCCUUUACAGUCCACACCCCCCAGACGUAAAGACAAAGGUGUCCGAUCCUCCCUGAGCACGUUAGCUGCUCCUCUCAGUCCUGCAGCGACGCCUCAGCGAGACAGAGCUCACGACAAACGCGCUCCUGAGAAUGAGAGUGAGCUUUUGUCUGAGGCUGUCGGUCGAGAUGCAGAGCAGCAGGUGAGUCUCACCUGUGGCUUCAUGUCAGCUGCUCUCACUGAGCUGGUGCCCAGUUCUACAACGCAGGCUCAACAACACAAGUGUGACACAGCACCUGCAGAACCUUCAGUUCUGAAGACUCUCUUUCUGUGUCUGAGCCCCUUUGAAGACGACAGAGAGCAGAACGUCCCUCCUCCAGUCAGCGAGAAGGAGCAAAACAGCACCGGUGAAGUCUCUGUUCAGCAACGACGGAAGAAUAAGAAAAAGAAGAAAACAAAGCAGCAGACGUGUGACAGAAGUGCUGCACACUCUCCUCACACAGUGGGGUCAAAUAUCAGCAGCGCAGUCGGGACUGAGCCACCGCAGCGACGCUCGCACUCACACAACGUUACAGUGACACAACACAACGUUACAGUGACACAACACAACGUUACAGUAACACAACAGACGCAGAGACUGUCACACACCACAGAGGACGCGGAGGUCACGCCACUCAAAGAUCUUUUUAAAACUUUAGACACAACUGUUUGCAACUUUGGACAUUAACUGUAAUUAUUUUUGAUUAAUUGAUAUUCUUGAUUAAAGACUUUUACUUUUAAGUAA